GUGGAAGCCCGGAGGCUGGCUGCUGAUCCGACUACCACCAUGACAUAAAAGCAGCGUCUUAGAAAGAAGCGAAGGAAACCGGGGCAAUCUCAGAAAAACAGAGUGGUGGGAAAGUGCGCUCUCGUUUGGAUGCGUAAUUUUUAUUGGAAAACCGCGCGCAAAACUGCAAAAACUUCUGAAAUUGUUCCCAGCACCAUUGACUUUUUCUUGGUAUCGAAACCAACACACUUGAAUUGCGUGUUUUUUGCUCGUUGGGGUAUUGUUUUUGUGCGCCUUGUGGGACCUCUCCAGGGUGUAGAUUCUUCUUGAGCCCCGCUUGAGACGCGUGUCCAGUGGAGUGCGAGCGCGUGUGGUUGUGGAGAAUCACCCGAGCACUAAGAGGAUGCUGGAGGGCAAUGCCUGGAGAACGAGAGGAUGAGAUUUGUCGAAAGGCGCUGGAGCUGCUGUCCGAGCUGUGCUCCCGGGGAGAGGUCCAGGACGACCACUGCCUGGACUUCAUAUACUACUUCCGGGACCUGGCCAGACCCCGCUACACGGACUCAGAUGUAUCAGUGAGCCUUCUCUCUCUGCUGGUGACCUCUUGUGGCCUGGCCCUCUUCAGUGUCUCCCUCUUUGUCACCUGGAAGUUAUGCUGGGUGCCACUGAGCGGACGCUUCCUCCCGGACAUCCUGAAGGGGGCACAUUUCCUGGGGGGUGACCAACAGCCUGUUCUCACUGAGGUGGAUGGAGAGGAGAGGGAGUACAGUGAGGAUGGGUGCGUGAAGGACCCCUCUGGACCUCCACUGGCUACAGCUGUCCCAGAAUCAGGCCUGAAGAUCAGCCACACAUCUCCUGAUAUCCCUCUGGAGGCCCAGAGCAAAGUGGACAAGAACCAGGUCCACACCAUCGCCAGGGACAGGGUGCAGAGACAGAUCACAGAGCCCACUUCCUCCGUGCGUCACAACUCUAUCCGGCGUCAGAUGAAUUUGUCCAACCCAGACUUUAACCCGGCUCAGUUCCAGAGGCAGGACUCUCUGUCAGGACUGGGGCGCAUCAAACCAGAGCUCUACAAACAGCGCUCAGUGGACGGGGACGACGGCCGGAGGACUAACAGUUGUGGACGCCUUCACUUCAUUCUGAAGUUUGACUUUGACCUGGAGCAGCUGAUCGUGAAGAUCCACAAGGCUCAGGACCUCCCCGCCAAGGACUUCUCAGGGACCUCUGACCCCUACGUGAAGAUCUACUUACUGCCGGAUCGCAAAAACAAGCACCAGACCAAGGUGCACCGCAAGACCCUCAACCCAGUGUUUGAUGAGGUCUUCCUCUUCCCUGUGGCCUACGCAGAGCUGUCCAGCCGCAAACUCCACUUCAGUGUCUAUGACUUUGACCGCUUCUCACGCCAUGAUGUGAUUGGACAAGUGGUGGUCGACAAUUUCCUAGAUCUUGCAGAUUUCCCAAGGGAGACAAAACUGUGCCGGGAUAUACAGUAUGUUACCUCGGAUAAUGUGGACCUGGGGGAGCUGAUGUUCUCACUGUGUUAUCUCCCCACGGCUGGCAGACUCACCAUCACCAUAAUCAAAGCCAGGAACCUCAAAGCCAUGGACAUCACUGGAGCCUCAGAUCCGUAUGUGAAGGUGUCCCUGAUGUGUGAGGGCAGGCGUCUGAAGAAGAGAAAAACUUCCACAAAACGCAACACUCUGAACCCAAUCUACAACGAAGCCAUUGUGUUUGAUGUCCCGCCUGAAAAUAUAGACCAGAUCAGCCUGCUCAUAGCAGUCAUGGACUAUGACCGGGUGGGCCAUAACGAGGUGAUCGGGGUGUGCAGAGUGGGCAGUGAGGCUGAGAGUCUGGGCCGGGACCACUGGAAUGAAAUGCUCACAUAUCCACGCAAGCCUGUUGCACACUGGCACCCGCUCAUAGAGUGGGUGGGACAAGGAACAACAGAGAAGGGAAGCCAAGGAGGAUCAACCAACUCUCUGAAGACACCACCAUCCCCAUAACCCCACCUAUGGUCAUACAGCUCUGGUACAUUGCUACCAGCAUUAGCCAUUAGCCAACACUUUCUGUCAUUAUCUGGCCUUAGACUGAUAGAAUCCCUUUUACUUCCUCAUGUUUUCACAACCAAAAAACUCUCAAUUACAUUCCAACUAACUUGAUUUUACAUUCACAUUAUAUGAGUUUUGUGGACCAAACCCAACUAUUGGAUAAAGAGACUGUUUUACAUAAAUGAAUUACGGGUUUGCACAGAAGAAAGACUGAACCAGGCACUGACAAAAGGAACAGUAUUUUACUAAAUGCAUGUAGAUUGUCAUGGUAGCAGGAUGGAGUGGAAAAAUACACUUUCUGGCAACAUGGCUCGAUGAUCUCUGCUGUUUUGUUUUUGUGCUCUCUCUGAUUUAAGGCUUAUAUUGUGAUUUGACUUACAUUUACAAUCCACAUUUGUUACAUUUGAGAUGCUUGCUAUAUUUUGCCAUUGAACAAUCUCUUCCUUGUUAAAAAUUUACACAUUGUAUAUUUUAAAGGGGCUGUUUGUAGUCUUAACUGUCAUGGAAAGUACGUGAAGAGCCAUUUGGAGAAAAUUAUUGGAUUAUAUACAAGAGAAUAGUCCAUAUGUUUACAUUCAUGGAAGCUAAUGUUGGUAGUAAACAGGAACUCAUACUAUUAUGCUGUCUCACAAAAGUGUCCACUAUUCUUCAGAUGCUUUUUUGAAAGAUAAAUAUACAUGUUCAUGAUGGUUUACUAUGGAAUCUCUCUUUUCAUUGAUUCCUGCCUGGCAAAACUUUAAUCGUGGUUUGUGGCAUUAUUUGACAAUAAGUAGAACGGUAUAUAAAAACAUAAAAUACUACAUACAGCUCCUUAAAGUCCAUGCGUAUUUGUAAUAACAUUGAACAAUUUGUAAUACGUUCUAUUUGACAAAAGGACAUUUUCACUUUACUUUCAAGUGCUUUUGUAGAUUUCUAACUUACUGUACUAAUAUGUUAACACUCGGGACCACACCCUCCUGUUGUUUUACUAACCCAGUGUUUUUCAAGCUGCUAACGUAUUGUUUAUGUCGUAACGGACACAAAAGAAAGAACAAAAUUUGUGUAUUUCUAAGUAUGAUGCAUGCUUUAUUUUAGUGGGUCAUUUUUAACGCUUUAGUUGUGAUACUAAUCAUUGUUAACACGAAAUGUAACAUGGAAC